AUGCAUCAAGAGAUCAAGAACCAGAAGAGGAAGAAGAAACAGAGCUUCUCCAGGGUUUGUAGUCGAGGCCAUUGGAAACCUUCAGAGGAUUUCAAGCUUCAAGAGCUUGUGGCAGUUUUUGGUCCCCAGAACUGGAACUACAUUGCAGAGAAGAUGCAAGGAAGAACAGGCAAGAGUUGCAGAUUGAGAUGGUUUAACCAGCUGGAUCCAAGGAUUAACAAGAAAGCUUUCAGUGAUGAGGAAGAAGAGAAGCUACUUGCGGCUCAUAGAGAAUUCGGUAACAAAUGGUCUUUGAUCGCUAAGCUUUUCCAUGGAAGAACAGACAAUGCAGUGAAGAAUCACUGGCACGUUCUCAUGGCAAGAAAGUUUAGGAAACAAUCAUCUUCUUACUCAAUUUCAAGGAAGAGACACACUCCUUUUCCAGAUGAAAUAACCCGCCUGAAUCUACAACAAAGCUUCAAUCUUUUUCCUGGUAGUGUAGGAGAUGAAAGUACAGAGUUCAAGAACUACAGCUGUAAGAUGCUAAAAGAGGAAACUACUAACCUCAGAGCUCAAUAUCUUCAAGAAGAGUAUUGUUCUUCACGCAUGCCAAUGAAGUACUCAGGUCAUCAUCAUCACUUCUCCACCUUCCCUGAAGAUUCCUUUGCAGUACUCACACGACAUGUCACCAUCCCUCAACCAUCAUCAUCAUCAUCACCACCAUCAUCAUCACUGUCAUCAUCAGAAGCAGAAAAUACAAUGGUGGCCAGAUAUAUUGAGAUCGCUAAACCCCCAAGGUUUAUAGAUUUUCUCGGUGUAGGAGCUUCUUGA